UGGCUGGCUGGCUGCGCAGCGGAGAUGGCCGCCGGGCUGGAGAAGGUGCCCCUCGCCGCGGCAGGCCCGGAAGACCCCGAGCGCUGCCCGACGCCCCCCGCAUAUUCAGCUGUGAUGGCAAAACCGUCUAGCACAGGGCGGCUGCUCAGGAUCGGGGCCAUGGCACUUAUCGGUGGAGCCCUCCUGCUCCUCUUUGGGGCCAUUGGAGCUUUUUACUACUGGAAGGUGAAUGACAAAGAGGCCUACAACGUUCACUACACAAUGAGUAUUAAUGGAAAAGUACAAGAGGCAUCAAUGGAGAUAGAUGCAGGAAACAAUCUGGAGAUCUUUAAAACUGGAAGUGGAGGGGAAGAGGCGACUGAAGUUCAUGAUUUUCAGAUCGGCAUCACAGGGAUCCGUUUUGCUGGCGGAGAGAAAUGCUACAUUAAAGCUCAAGCUAAAACUCGGGUCCCUGAAGUCAAUGCCAUGACCAAAGAGAGCCUCUCCUUUGAUCUGGAAGAUGAAAUUUUGCCAGCUAAAUUUGAUGAAAACUCUCUUGUCUGGGUGGCUGCAGACCAGCCAAUAAAGAACAACAAUUUCCUGAGUCCCAAAAUUUUAGAACUUUGUGGAGAUCUUCAGAUUUUCUGGCUUCGACCAUCCUAUACCAAAGCUGGGCAGAGAAGAAAGAGAGAAGCGCUCAGGAGAAGACGCCAGGCCCAGUCGAAUUCCAAUCUGGACCAAUUUGAAGCAGCAGCUGAGGAAGCGACCAGCAGGCCUCGUGCCCAGCAGAGGGCCCCGGAGCAGGAACGCCCCUCUAAUGCUAGCAGGCCUUCUGGGAGAGACAUCAGGCCAACCUUUAAUCCAGACAAUCCUUACCACCAGCUAGAAGGAGGUGAAGGAAUGACCUUUGACCCUCGGCUAGAUCACGAAGGAGUCUGUUGCAUUGAGUGCCGGCGGAGCUACACACACUGCCAGCGGAUCUGUGAACCUCUCCUGGGCUACUACCCCUGGCCUUACAAUUACCAAGGGUGCCGCUCUGCCUGCCGCCUCAUCAUGCCCUGCAGCUGGUGGGUGGCCCGCAUCUUGGGAGUUGUAUGAAGGAGCCCUUGGAACAGAAGUGGAAACCACAACCAAAGGAUCAUUACACAUCUCUCCUUGUGUGGAUGUUUAUGUGUUAAUCUAUCAAAAAAUGAAUGUUAGCCAUUGUAGAUGUAUAUAAAUUUAAAUCCUCUAGGUAAUAUUUCACUAGUUUGACAAAAGAGAGUAUAACUUGGGGAAAUUAACUUUUUAACAAACCAUACUCUCUUCAACCUUGCUGGAAAGUGAAAUAAAAAUGUCUCAAAUCUGAAA